UCUAACAAUUUAUGGGGCGAUCCUUUUGAUGACUUGAUUUAAUAUAAUUAGUUUUAUACGAGAAAUCAUGGCUAACGAAACGCCAGAGAGUGAUUUCUCGAUAGAAUGCUUCCAAAACUACACAGCGCCCGAAGUGUUCGUACAAGGACUAGCGGGCAUGGUUGACCAAACAGAUGUCGAAACUAUCAUUAGAGCUCAGAAGAAUAUGCUUCAACGCUUUGAGAAGACCACGGAAAUGCUGACGAACUGCAACCAGCUGUCAGCGAGUCGGCUGCGCGCUGCCUCCACCGAGUUCAGAAAGCAUACUCAGCUGUUGCUCGAGAUGCGGAAAGAUCUGGAGUUUAUAUUUAAGAAGAUUAGGGCUAUUAAGACUAAGUUGAGCACACAAUACCCAGAGGCCUACAAAGCGGCUGUGAAUGUCUCACUAGCCAACAAAAAACCCAUAGACGAAGAAGAAGAAUUCAAACCGACUGAACCGCACACAGAAUCCAAAAUGGUGGCCACUGUAUCCACGGAAACCUUGAAACCGACUGUCAGCGAAGAUAAGAAGAAAAAGAAAGAGGUUAAGAUAAAAACACCUAAAGAAGAAGUUAAGAAGGUUAGGAGUAGCAGUUCAAGUGAGACGGAGAGUGCUAGUUCGGGGGACGACAGUAGUACGGAUACAGGAUGAAAUUAGCGAUCUUUGUAUAUAAAUUAACACUUUCGCAACCUCGAACCCUGCCUGGUGGGCACUCGUGAACUUUGCUCAGAUGCUGGAGAACCCGCUGGGCGGGUUCUCGACAUACAAGCGUGCGUUAACAAUUACAACGGUCCUGAUGCAGUGCGCCAUUAUUGUCUGGUAGUGAAUGUGUUAAAACUUAAAAACAAUUAAAUAAUUGGAUUUGUAAGACUCAUAACUUCCUGGGGUUCAACGUCCUAAUACUAGGACAAAAUACCUACGAUGAAAUUUGGAUCUACGUUCAAUGGAAUUGCUUUUGUAUUGCUUCGUUCGAUUUUCAAACUGUUUUCUAGUACCAUUGAUUCAAAUUUGGCAAUUUUUUUGUAUGGUGGGCCGCUAGAGGUUGGCGUUUUUGGUAUUGCAAGUUUGGUGGUGAGCAUAAUAUUCAUGCUUAGUAUUAUGAAUUACAACCAGUGUUGUAGUCCAUAUUUUAGAAAAAGCUAGAAAAUAUUAUUUAUAAAUUAUUUCUAGUCUCAAUGCACAUUGAAAGUUUCCCUGUCGGGUGUGUAUUUAAAUGUUACUUAGCUUACUGUAAUUUAAAAUAAUUCAUAUCAUCAAAAUUGCUUAUAAUUAUGUACAAUAUUUUGGAUAACAAAACUAUUUAACUAUUCACUAAGCCAAAUUCCGUAAAUUGUUACCUACAUUAAUGGAAUAUCAUCUAUAUUCUAACCAAUAGUAAUGAUUGUACAUAAAUUUGCAUAUGAUGACUUUAAAUAAAUCAGACAGCAAUAAUAAAACAAUGAUUUAUUUACUAAUAUAACACAGUUACCAGCUGAGAUAUAUUGUUUACAGAAUCUAUGCUAACUUAUUUUAAUAAAGUUGUAAU